CCUCUAAAACACAAAACGAAAACAACAGUCUAACUAAACCUAACAAACAGUAAAAAUAAAGUGUUAGUGAUAGUGAAAGUAAAAUCAUUUCUUUACUAAAAAUAAACAUGUCGUAUCUAGGUCAGUAACGACAUCGUUUUACAAGUUUUAUUGUGAUGUAAAUUAUUCAUACGUGUAAGUAAACAAUGCACCUUACUGCGGGUGUUCGCGUUAUUCUCACUUUAAGGAGUGGUUAUGGUUACACAACUACAACUUCGAUAAGGCCUAUCUGCCCACUUGGGGAACAGUUAAGAGUUCCCUCUAAUUUGUGGCGCUCACAUACUGAUACUACCUGCGGUAUUCAUGUCUGCGCUGUUAGAACAUAUUCACAUUUACAGUCCUUAGGACGUACGAAUGCUAACGCUAAGAACUGCCCUGAUAGUAGAGUGGCUUCCUUGACUUCUUGUGGGAAGGAAAUGAUGUCUUCUUUUAACAAAGCAACAACAGAUUCGUCAGUUUUUAGAAUAUUAGAUUAUGACUGUGUCGGUUUUGAUUUAGACAAUACUUUAGGUGAAUAUAACAUCACACCUUCUGUUGAAACGGAAUACAACAUUCUGGCAAAUUAUCUAGUGAAAGAGAAGGGGUAUGAUCCUGAUUUUUUAUUGAAGCCUUUGAAUGAAGAUUCUAUUGAUUUCUUGCAGAAAGGUUUAUUUGUUGACUUUGCCAGAGGUAACAUAAUUAAAAUUACAGAAAAUGGAGUGAUAAGUAGAGCAAGCCAUGGAUCAAAAAUGAUGUCACACGAAGAAAUUAAAAACGCUUACGGUAAGGACAGAAAAUGGGAGGUCACAAACGAGCUAUGUCAAAACAUGCUUGUUGGAUGGAAUGGCCCUCUAUCAGAAAGGAUAAGAGCACUCUUGGACUAUUUUGACAGGCCAGCCUCCAUUGCUUUUGCCAGAAUUGUUGAUUCUCUUGAUGAUAAACUGGGAAAACCAGCUGAUGUAUACAAUGUUUGGCCGGAUGUUCUUGCAGGCCUUCAUGACAUGUAUGAUCGAGAGCAUUUUGCAAGCGAGGAAGGUGGGUACUUCAAAGAAAUCAAAUCCAACCCGGGUAAGUUUUUAAAGCCAUGUAGUCCUGAAACAAUAAAAUGGUUGAAAGAAAUCAAACAGACCAAACUGACAUACUUGAUUACAGGCUCUAAUUGUGACUUUGCUUCACUCACGGCAGAAACAGUCCUAGGUAAAGAUUGGAGAAGUUUGUUUGAUAUUGUAGUUUGCUAUGCUCGCAAGCCUGCAUUUUUCACUGGAUGUAGACCAUUUAUUGAAUUGGACGGAUUUAAAGAAACUGAGCCUGUGUCAAACAACAGUAUUAAACUGGGUAGCAUGUACAACCAAGGCAAUUGGCAAGAAUUGUAUCAGUUGUUUGCGAAAACAUCAGGUAUACAAAAGCCUAGAUGCCUUUAUUUUGGUGAUAAUUUGGUCCAAGAUAUCUAUACACCAUCAAAGUUUACAAAAUGUGAGACAGUAGCAGUAGUCGAAGAGCUUAAAGCUGAAACUGAUAGAAAUCACAAUGGGUACUUAGGAGAACAUCCGUCUCACCAUGUUGUAACCUCAAAAUCUUGGGGUUCGUACUUUUAUGAUGAUAAAGAAAAUAUGAAUACUUUAUGGGGCAGUAUACUUCACAAACAUGCCAAUAUUUGCGUCCCUAGUUUGUCUGUACUUGCACAAUAUCCGCUUAGUCAUGAGUUCAAUACUUUUGAAAAAUGUUAUGGAGGAGGUUAUUUUCCAAGCAGACCGAGCCACGGUCCUCCUGUAACCGAAAAGAAGGUCAGAGCUGUGUAGUCGAGACAAGUCAUUUAGGCUAGGUUUUUAAGUUCAAAAUAUGUACAUGUUGAGCAAAGUACAAUUUAAAACUAUAUGUUUAGCUUGAAGCAAAGUUAUACAAAAAAGCCUGAUUCAAAUUUUGCUUGAUUAAACAGAACACAUACAGUAAUCUGUUAUAAAAUAUUACCAUAAGCCUACCAAUUGGAUUUGGUAUAAAAAUAGCAUAUGUUGAUGAAAUAAAUGUAGCCUACUUAACUUAUGUUAUAGAGCCAGAACUUAACAAAUCUACACAUUUAAAUUAAUUCAAUUAAGAUUUGAAUCUUUUAUGAAGCAUUUAAUUAAUUUCUAAAAAAAAGUUUCUUAAUGGAAUCGUUUUCUUGUGAUACUACUAAUUUUGAUGUCCAAUUUAGAAUUAUAACCAUUGAUUUCCCUAAGUAUUAAUAUGGGCUGUAGAAGGAUGUUGCUUUGUGAGCAAAGACUUUGUGUAUGGGAUUACAGUAGGUAGUAAAUAAAAGGGUAAAGCUUCAAAUAGCAUUAUUAAAACUUGAAACAAAUUGUAAAGCGCAACUUUUCAAUGUAUUUUUCCCAUUUCACGUAGCUGUAGAUUACUGUUACAAACUAUUGCUGCAUGCCACGUUUUCCUCAUUCCUUACAAUUUUAAGUAGGCUAAUUGUAGUCAAUGAAUGCUUUUGUGUAUCUGUUUGGGUUUGGAUUUUGAUAUGCACAUACUGGUAAUACAUUUUCAAAACUCAUUUAAACAGUUUUUAAACAUAAUUUAACUGGUCAAUGUUAUAUGAUUGUCAGAGUUUUCAAUCUUAAAAGUUACUGAUUGCUUAGAAACAAAAUUGAUCAGCUCAGUGUGGUUUUAGUGCUGUGACACGGUAACAGUUGCAUAUCCUCUUGCCAAACACUAUUGUAAAUCUAGAAAUUGAACGUUUCAUUUUAACAGUUUUUCAUGAAAUUGUAUUCUAAACUGAAAUUUUAAUCUCCAACUGUUAAAAGUAAUUAUUGAUAACUGUCUAUUUUGUUAGCCAUUACCGUCCUUAUCCGAUGACGAGUCUUGAAAGAGUAUGCAACUAACUGUUGUGUUAGGGAUUCCUAUAAAUAUGUAUUUAUUUAUGUAAAUAUUUUAAAGAGCUAGCACCUUAUAGUCAAUGCUAGCACGUAUUUAUUGUAAUGCUGACUUAUUUACUGAGUUAGUUAACAAUUUAUCAUCAAAAAGCUAUAAGUUACUGUAAAUUAUUUUAUUUAAAAAAUGUACAGUAUUUUAGCAUUUUUGUUAUGGAUGAAUCAAGGUAAACAACUUACUGUAUAGGGUAAAUAUUUAUUUAAUUUAAUAAUGAAAUAUUUUUUAAAUUUUAUUUAUUUGUAAAUGUUUACAUUCUUUUAGCGCAAAAUCUGUUUGUAAGUCACUUU